AGAUAGAUUCCUUUUGUUUUCGCGGCCUGACGUAGUGUUCUUCCCACGAAGCAGAGCAGGUAGUGAAUCGCAGGACCCGCAGCAAUGGCGCCCCCAGUUGCGUCCAAGAAAGUUCAUGCAGGGUCUAAGGGGAAGAAGAAGGCUCAGACCUUCACCAUCGACUGUGGCAAGCCCGUUGAAGAUAAGAUCAUGGACAUUGCCUCUUUUGAGAAGUUCCUCAACGAUCGUAUCAAAGUCGACGGAAAGGCCGGAGUUCUCGGUAGCGCUGUUACCAUCUCUCGUGAGAAGAACAAAAUCAGCGUCACUUCGGAGAGCUCUUUCUCUAAGAGAUACUUGAAAUAUUUGACCAAGAAGUAUCUGAAGAAGCAUAAUGUGAGAGAUUGGUUGCGGGUGAUUGCGUCGAACAAAGACAGGAACGUCUAUGAGUUGCGGUACUUCAACAUUGCUGACAACGAGGCAGAAGAGGAAGAUUAAAUUACGGUAGUGCACUUUUAAACUCGCGGUUUUUGUAUUCAAGUUUAUUGAAGUAAAUUUUACACUUUCGGACUUUCUAUUGAAGACA